CCUCCUUCAAGGCCUGGGCUUCGGUGGAGCCCUCCCACUCCCUCAUAAGAGCGGGCUCAGGAGAGGCUCCUUUCUUCCGCUUCUUUCUCAGAUGAGUCGCAGGCUAAAGACAGACAAAAAACUGCCAGGGGGUUCACAAAUAAUAGAGAAAAAUGAAGCUUCUGUUUUUAAUGAUCUCCAUCUGCCUAUUUUCUGAAAGCAUGACUUGUUUAUUAAGCAACACCAGUUACGGCCACCAAAGAACAUUUGAGGAUAUUGAGAGAGAAAUAGCCAAUUAUUCGGACGUUGCUGAGAAGAUUAUCAAACUUGCAGUUUAUGGAAAGGCCCAGAACAGAUCUUAUGAAAGGCUUGCACUGUUUGUGGACACUUUUGGACCACGAUUGAGUGGUUCUAGAAAUCUAGAAAUGGCUAUCCAGUACAUGGAGAACGCUUUGAUGAAAGAUGGCUUAGGAAAUGUCCACCUGGAGCCAGUAAAAAUACCCCACUGGGAAAGGGGUGAAGAGAGUGCAAUGAUGGUUGAACCAUACAAUCAUACCAUUGCUAUGUUGGGGCUUGGUGGGAGUGUUGCAACUCCUCCCGAAGGCAUUACAGCAGAAGUGUUGGUAGUAAGUUCUUUUGACGACCUACACAAGAAAGCUCAUGAAGCCCAUGGAAAGAUUAUUGUUUACAACCAGCGUUAUACCAAUUAUGGUAAAACAGUGCUCUACCGACUUCAUGGAGCAGUGGAAGCUGCUAAAUUGGGCGCAAAAGCUUCUCUUAUCAAGAGUAUUGCUCCAUUUUCUAUCAAUAGCCCGCAUACUGGAAUGCAAGCAUAUGACUCAGAUGUACCUAAGAUUCCUACCGCCUGUAUUUCCAUUGAAGAUGCAGAACUGAUGGCCCGAUUGUUCUCCCGGGGUACUAAGAUAGUUGUAACUCUGAAAAUGGGAGCCAAAACAUAUCCUGAUACUGAUUCCUUUAACACAGUUGCUGAAAUAACAGGCAGUAAAUACCCUGAGCAGGUUGUACUAAUUAGUGGACACCUGGACAGCUGGGAUGUGGGUCAGGGAGCAAUGGAUGAUGGUGGAGGAGCAUUUGUAUCAUGGGAAGCAUUAUCACUCAUUAAGGAUCUUGGACUCAGACCCAAGAGAACUCUGCGCUUGGUUCUUUGGACUGGAGAAGAGCAAGGGGGAAUCGGAGCUGAACAAUACUACAAGCUACAUAAAGUAAACAUUUCCAACUUUGAUAUGGUUAUGGAAUCAGAUGAAGGAACGUUUAGGCCCACUGGCCUGGCUUUCACGGGCAGCCGUAAGGCUCGUUGUAUCAUGAAGGAAAUCAUGAAACUCCUGAAGCCUCUCAACAUUACCAGUGUUUUUGAAGAUGGCGGAGGAACAGACAUUAAUUACUGGAUUCAUGAAGGAAUACCAGGUGCCAGUUUGAGUAACGAUAUCACUAAAUACUUCUGGUUUCAUCAUUCCCAAGGCGACACAAUGACGGUUCAGGAUCCAGUCAAAAUGAAUCUCUGUGCUGCUCUUUGGACUGUUGUGUCUUAUGUGAUUGCUGAUAUGGAGGAGAAGGUACCAGUGUAAUUCAAAAAUAAAUCAAGAAAAAGUAUUGAUCGUUUUAGCACAGAUCAGGAAUGUAUCUGAUCUAACUCUGUGAUGAAACUCUAGGUUUCUUCCAAAAACUAAAGUUUGCUUGAUUCAACUCAAAACAUGUCUUUUUACCAUGUAUACAUAUUUUUGAAUUGUGGGUCUAAUACGUUCUUCUUUUGGACAAAUUCCUGAUGCUUAGUGUCAGUGCUUUGUUCUUGUUGUUAUUGAUCUUUACUCAGCAAUAUCAUAAAAGUCACUGAUUAUUAAGUUACCCUUUUAUCUGCUAAAUGCUUAAAAUAAAUAUGGUGUUAUGCAUGAACUCCCGAGUCUAGCCAUCUGUCAAAAUCUGCCUCCUCCCCCAGCCUCACCCCACAUUAGACAGAGCAAUCUGUGGCUGUUUUUCUACUGAUAGAAAGGGGAUGCUCAGUGAAAAGGUAAAUAAAGUCAGGGCAAUCCACCAAAUCCUAGAAUAGAAUAGAAUAGAAUAGAAUAGAAUAGAAUAGAAUAGAAUAGAAUAGAAUAGAAUAGAAUAGAAUAGAAUAGAAUAGAAUUUUUUAUUGGCCAAGUGUGAUUGGACAAACAAGGAAUUUGUCUUAGUGCAUAUGCUCUCAGUGUACGUAAAAGAAAAGAUACGUUCAUCAAGAAUCAUAAGGUACAACACAAUGAUAGUCAUAGGGUACAAAUAAGCAAUCAGGAAACAAUCAGUAUUCAUAUAAAUCAUUAAGGAUACAAGCAACAAAGUUACAGUCAUACAGUCAUAAGUGGGAGGAGAUGGGUGUUGGGAACGAUGAGAAGAUUAAUGGUAGUACAGAUUGAGUCAAUAGUUUGACAGUGUUGAGGGAAUUAUUUGUUUAGCAGAGUGAUGGCAUUCGGGAAGAAACUGUUCUUGUGUCUAGUUGUUCUGGUGUGCAGUGCUCUAUAGCAUCAUUUUGAGGGUAGGAAUUGAAACAGUUUAUGUCAAGGAUUGAGGGGUCUGUAAAUAUUUUCACAGUCCUCUUUUUGACUCGUGCAGUAUACAGGUCCUCAAUGGAAGGCAGGUUGGUAGUAGUUGUUUUUUCUGCAGGUUAUUUUUUUUUCCCUUUUAUAAAGGUUAGCAUCACUAGCUGGACUCAUUACUGAGAGAAAAAGGUUCAGCAAAUGUUAUGGUGGGAUUACAUAUAUUGUUUAUUAACCUGACUCUCUGACUGUGCCCAAAAGCAGACACUAGAGUAGUUGUACCAAGGAAGCAUCUACCUGAAAGGUUCUAUCAGGAGUAUCAAGAGAACUUUUCUGCAGGAGGGGUUUUCUGGAACGCUGACACUCUGGCUCUAUUCUUCAAUGAUGACAUCAUCUCAACAAAUAGAGAUUUAGCUCUGAGUUCUACUUCUUUUUCUCAACUAUACUUGAAAUUUAAGUGCCCUAUUUUGAGCCAUGUUUUCAUGUCCAAAUAUUAUUAUUUAAACUUUCUGAAAGAUGUAACUAUUUGAUCCUUUACAGAAUGUCUAUUGAACAAGCUGGCUCUUGUUCCUUGCCCUUGCAUUCCCACAACUCUAAACUGGGGUUGAAUCAUUGGCUCAGCAUCUUGUUUUCUUUUUGCUUGCCUGGAUUGCCCAGCCACUAAAUGUCACAAAGGUCCCUUAACACAUGGUCCCCCCCACUGUAAGAGUGUAUAUUGAGAUGAACAUGUUAUUAUUUAUAACAUUUAAAUGCUGAUAGAAUUCCGGAGAAUGAUAUUAUGUUGGCGGUCUUCGCUGUGGUGCUGUAAAUCCUGCUACCACAAUCCCUGUGUGUCUUUUGGUUCCCAUUCCUUCUGUUUUUGUUCAUUUGCUUUAAUAAAUGAAAAUAUUUGGAAGGCUGGCAUGCUGUAAAACGUGGCAUCAGUGCAAUCCACCUUUCCAGGAAUACAAUAAAGAAAAAUGCAAGGAAGUGAAGUUGGCCCUGGAUAGAAUUAACAAAGGUAAGUGAUUUCACCAAGCCAUGGUGAAAGAGGGGAUCUUGAUGAUCUGCAGGGGUAGCACGUGUAUUUCAUGUUUUAGAAAUAUAUACAAAUCUUCUACAGCUUGUUCGUAGGGUUCCCAUAACAUGGUCUGCAAGAAUCCAGGCAGUCACAAGAUGGUAGCAAAGAGAACACAAACACUCUCUGUUGCCACCUAGUUGUCAUUUGGAUGUUGGCAGCUCCAAUAGGCUAAACUGUUUUGCUUCUUCAGCCUAUUUGUUCAUUAUUAUUCUGAAUGCCUUUUCACAGCAUGAAUAUAUUUUGCCUGAUUUUUCCUUAAGCGUAAGUGCCCCAAGUCUAUGUAUUGUCUGAAUCUGUGCAUGUUUUUCUGAGUAUCCUCAGUCACCUCUUUAUAAUAUAUAAUAUUUAUAUAUGUUGUGCUUUACAGCAGCCAAUUGUACGGUUUGAUGUUUGGACUUACCGCUAGAUCCCACUAAAUGUAACUCAUGAAGAUUCCUCACAAGUUACUUUUCAGUUCUUUUUUGUCCACUACUAGUUUUAGUGAAUGUAAUCAAUUGGUGUGAUAUUGUUGUGAUUAUGGCAUGGGUAUAUAAAUUUUCAGAGGUACCUGCCAACCAUCGAUCGAUAACGCUAACCCAUUUGGCAGGGGUGAGGAAAGCAGGAGAUAGCUGAAAUAAGGAGACAUAAAUAAUUGCUGUGUGAAACUGACUGGAGGAGAAAACGUUUCAGCAGGCAAAAAAGGAACAAGAGCUUACAUUACUUUCAGUAUGAUCACUUUGUGAAAUAGGCAUUUUAUGCUACCCAUUCAUAGAAAAAACAGCUAUUUUUUGAGUUGGCAAGCUCCCUCAUAGCCAGCUUUUUUGUGAAAGGUCCUAUGACAUCAACUCCGAAUGAAUCACUGAUUUAAAUUGUCUCAUAUUUGAAAUGUUAUUCUCUUGUUUAUGUAAUAUGUAUAAAUAUAUAAUUAAGUUGUGUGGUUCAUCAUGAUUCAGUACAAUUUAUAAGAAUAUAAUGCAUGUAAUCAUAUUGUCAUUGUUCAUUUCAUUACAAGCCUAUUUUAUUAUGUUGUAUUAUUGAUAUUACUUAAACCAAAAUUCUAGCUGACUUUCUGAAAUAUGAUAAACAGAUCUUACAUUAAUAACUUAUUUCAACUCUACGUGACUACAUGGUGGCCACUGCACAAGAACUGACACAUGUACAUCAGCCAGAGUACAAUAUUUUCAUAAGUUGUUUGGUGACAUCUUGCUUGAUCUUGUAUCUAUUCUGUCUUCUAU